UGUAUCUGGACAAAGAUCACCUGAUUCCAGCAAACAUGGAUGGAAGACCCACCUGUGACCAGUGUGGAAAGACUUUCACCACAGCAAGUUCCCUAAAACUCCACCAAUGCACCCACACUGGAGAAAGACCAUAUGAAUGUGACCAGUGUGGAAAUACUUUCACCCAGAGGAAUGUGCUUAAAGCUCACCAACACAUCCACACUGGAGAAAGACCAUAUAAUUGUGACCAGUGUGGGAAGUGUUUCACCACAGUAAGUUCCCUAAAAAUCCACCAACCCAUCUACACUGGAAAAAGACCAUAUGACUGUGACCAGUGUGGGAAGAGUUUCAAUGUAGCAAAAGAAUUGAAAAUCCACCAACAUGUCCACACUGGAGAAAGACCAUAUGAGUGUGACCAGUGUGGAAAUGCUUUCACCACAGCAAGUGACCUAAAAAUACACAAACGCAUCCACACUGGAGAAAGACCAUAUGAGUGUGACCAAUGCGGAAAUAAUUUCACUCAAAUGAACAUGCUUAAACAUCACCAACGCAUUCACACUGGAGGAAAACCAUAUGAGUGUGACCAGUGUGGAAAUGCUUUCACCUCAGCAAGUUACCCAAAAAUCCACCGACGCAUCCACACUGGAGAACAACCGUAUGUCUGUGACCAAUGCGUAAAGCGUUUCACCUGAAGGAAUGUCCUUAAACGUCACCAAUGCAUCCACACUGGAGAAAGACCACAUAAUUGUGACUAGUGUGGAAAGUUUUUCACCAAAGCUAAUCACCUAAAAAUCCACCAAAAUGUCCCUCAGCAUCAGAUGACAAGAAGAAACACAGUGUGUGUGAACCAGCAGUACCCACGUCUGAAAAGAACAUAAACCUCCUGAUCAGACUUCACAGAAUCCAGAUGUGAAGACAAACAUCAGACUGAAGGCUGUGUUUUGUUGUCCUCAGAGGGCAGAAGUGUGUUCUAAUGCACCACCUUCACAAAACAGUGACGCUACUGAACCUCAACCUGCCACGAGGUGAAAAGUUCAACUAAUGGAGGUCAAC